ACAACAACAACAACAACAACAACAACAUCCUCCCGCCUUUCCCUCCACCGCCACCUUUAGCAUCCCAUACCCUCCGCCACAAUGUCUCUCAGCCCCGAGUUCCAGAAGGCCGUCGUCGACUCCAAGAAGUUGACCUCCAAGCCUGAGAGCUUCGACCUCCUCGAGCUCUACGCUCUCUACAAGAUCGCCAAUGGCGAGGACUUCAGCGCCGCUCCCAAGCCCGGCAUGUUCGACCUCAAGAACAAGGCCAAGUACUCCGCCUGGGAGAAGAAGGUCCAGAGCGGCAUCUCCGCCGAGGAUGCGCAGAAGGCGUACGUCGAGAAGGUCGAGGCCCUGAAGGCGUCGUGCGGCUUCGACGCCAGCAAGGAGCCCGAGGCUGUCGGCGCGUAAAUGCUGCCCAGCCAGAAUGUCUCUCCGUCACCACACAAUUGUUACCACUGCGAAACGCGCCUACCACAACAAAGUUCACGCCUCGCUCGAGAUCAACGAGUGGAAGACCCGAAGAAUACGACGCAGCAUUCCCAUUGUCCAUGUCGACGAGCCUUGGGAUGCUGGUCACGUAAAUGAUACACAGAACAUGAAUACCCCGAAUGCACAAUACACUGCUUCAUGACCAAACGCUGCGCGUUGCUAUGAUGUGAGACUCCAACCGCAAGAGUGACCAACAGCCUGCUCUUGUUACGCUCUCGAAUCACCGGGGCCUUGUGCGGCUCGGGGUCCCGAGUACGACUUUGAUGCCACUCUGUGCGCUUAUAGGUUCCCCGAAUCUGAUCCCUCACCCAUGUCAUUUAGUCCAAGUAAGCCCUCU